AUGGCAUCUUCUCAGAAGGAUAAGCAAGUGGCUACAACUGAGAGUAGGGAGGCCAAGCACAUAGAGAUGGCAAGAUGGACAACUAGAGAUGAAAAGGUCUUUAUUGAGUUGAUGGCAGCACAAGCUAAGAAGGGAACUAGAACUACAACCACAUUUAGCAAGGUUGGUUGGGCAGAGAUCAGGAAGGAGUUUAUGAAUAGGACCGGAAAUGAUUACACAAACCUCCCAUUCAAAAACAAGUUCAACAAGUUGAGGGUAGUAUACAGGGAUUUCAAAGUGUUGCUGUCCCAAACUGGAUUUGGUUAUGAUUACAGAACCAGGACUAUUAUGGUAAAAGAUGAGGUGUGGGAAGCUUACAUCAGGGUAAGUUUAAUUGUAUAUGUAGUGGACAAGUGCAAAGAGAAGCCUAUAAAGAUCAUCAUGUCUGGUCUAGCUGGGUAUGCGAAGUCAAUGUCCUGA